GGUAAAUAUUUUUGUGGCACCUGUACAAAUACCAGUAGAGUUUCAGCGCCCCCUGGUGUUACAUAUUGUAAUUACAUAACACGAUUAUUGUUUACUUCCUGUUUAACUCUACUACUUCCUGUGAGCGCAACAAACCAGAAGCUACUCCUCCGUUAGCUCGUCAUUGAUAGCAUUUAUUAUAUUUUAGGAAAGUAGUCAACUUAAAUAGAUAAUGUGAGUGAGUAAGGUCCACGUUAUUUUCUUCUGCGUCAUCACAAAACAUUGCUUUCUAAGCUAGCUGACUGCUAAUUGUCGGUCACCAAGGCAACCAUGAACAUCCUCCCGAAGAAGAGUUGGCACGUCCGCAACAAGGACAAUAUUGCGCGCGUGCGGAGGGAUGAAGCCCAGGCAGCAGAAGAGGAGCGCGAGGCCAAGCGUCGCGUGGAGCGAGCAGAGCAAGAGGCACGUACAGAGUAUCUGAGAAGGAAAUCUCGAGCUGCUCUUCAGUCAGAAGGAGGAAGCAGAGAUGAUGAUGAUGAAAAGGAAGGUGGAGGAGGCUUGGAGCACCUCAACCUCUUCCCUUUGGAGGAGUCUUCAGAGAAGAAGGGGAACGAGGAGUAUCUUAAAGAAAAGAAAGAGGAAAAGGAGAAGCAAGAACGCGCCAUCGGCCUACUGGUGUCUUUAGGACCCCAGCCAGGCUCUGAGGUGACUCCGUGGUACCUGAAGAGCAGCAAAGACAAAGAAAGUCAAGAGAAAGACAAAAAGAAGGGAAUAAGUGAAGAGGAGAAAGAGAAGAAGGAUCGGAGGCUGAAGAGUAGUUUGGAUCCCCUGAACGAAAUGAAGAAAGCUCUAGACGUGUUUGAACGAAAAGUACCUAAAAACAGGAAAAAGGAAAAAAGAGACAAAGUGGAAAAGCAGAGCAGUGGAGAAAGCUCCAUGGAAAGGUUACGCGCUGAACGUUUACAGAGGGAGGCUGAAGAAAGGAGGAAAACCCAGGCUCUUCUAGAACAGAGGAGUGGUAAAAGGAAGGAGUCAGAAAGAGAACUGAAUGACAGAGAACGGCCCUACAACAGCGCCUACUUUCCUGAACUCGCUCGAAAGCGACAAAGGCGAGAUCGAGAGAGCUGGAGGGAUGAGAUUCUUAAGUCCUGAGCUGCGAUUUGGUGUUUUUUGGUCGGAGUAAAGAGGAAACAUGACGGUAAA